CCAAUUCCUCCCUCCUUUUAUCUGUUCUAUGUGCAUUCACUCCCCAUCUACUCUCUUUGCAUUUACGGCUUAACUCUUCAAAGAGAGAGAGAGCCCGAAAGGGUGCGAGAGAGAGAGGAGGGAGAAAAAUGGCCGCAGUCACGAGUGCCAUCAUCGCCAUCGCGGCCGUUGUUCUGGGCUGGAUCGCAAUCGAGCUCGCCUGCAAGCCCUGUCUCGAGAAGGGGAGGGAGGCAAUAGAUCGGAACCUCAAUCCCAAUUAUGAUCCCGACGACGACGUCCGAGCUCCUCUCUCCGCCACCUCAUAGAUUCGGACAUUGUGCAGGAGAGAGCGCCAUAGACUGCCAAAAGGAUGCUCCCUCCGCUACCAUGUUUUUCUUGGAAUUGAGGGUGAAAGAUUUUCUAGUAUAUGUUUUUCUUUUCUGUUUCCGCAUCACCACUCUGUAUCCACAUAAAAAUUAAUGCGUGUGAUUUUUCCUUUGA